AUGGGCGAAUUCAAACUUUCGUCUAAGCAGAAGCUCAUUGCCAUCAUUUGCAUUUCAUUCUCAUUCUUCGUCGCUGAGUUGGUUGUGGCGUUCUUCACCAAAUCUCUUGCUCUGUUAGCAGAUGCUUUCCAUUACAUGAAUGAUCUAAUCGCCUACUGUGUCGCCCUAGCCGCAAUCAUUAUUUCCGAUUCCAAGGCCCCCCCUGACAAUUUUUCGUUUGGCUGGGCACGUGCGCAGCUGUUGGGUGCCUUCUUCAAUGGCGUCUUUCUUCUCGCCCUCGGCAUAUCUAUCUUUCUCCAGUCAAUUGAGAGAUUCAUUUCUAUUGAACGCGUUGAUAAACCCGUACUGGUUCUCAUUAUGGGUUGUGUUGGGUUUACGUUGAACCUCCUCAGCGCAACCUUAUUACACGAACUUCAUGGCCAUGACCAUGGUCAUGGACACGGUCACGGCCACGCAAAUGAAGCGGAACACGACCAUGCUGAGAUUCAUGGACAUGAUCAUGACCACAGCCACGUUAACAUCGAGGCCGGCAUACAGGUGAAUGGCACCUUUGUCGAGGAUCAUGACGAAAUUCCCCUUACUCCUAUCAGCGCCCAUGCUGAGCAUCGUCACACGAUCGUGAAUCUACAGUCAUCAGGACAUGACCUCGGUAUGAUGGGUGUAUUACUUCACGUCAUCGGCGAUGCAUGCAACAACGUCGGGGUUAUUAUCGCCGCUCUGAUUAUCUGGCUUACGUCUUCCGAGGCUCGAUUCUACGCCGACCCAGGCAUCAGUAUGGGCAUCGCUCUCAUGAUCUUACUAACAUCAAUUCCCCUUGUCAAGAAUAGUGGCAAGAUUCUCAUGCAGAGCUCGCCGAAGGACGUGCCUUUAGAUGAUGUUAAACAUGAUCUCGAGAAGAUCCCUGGUAUUGAAUCGGUCCACGAGUUACACAUCUGGCGCCUCGAUCAGAAGAAAUCCAUCGCUACAGCUCACAUAGUAGUGUCAAAUACCGAGAUGAGCGAUUUCAUGGAUCGUGCGCGUACCGUAGGCGAGUGUCUACACGCCUGGGGUAUCCAUUCCGCGACUCUUCAGCCCGAGCUCGCAACCCCGACAACUUUAUCAUCCGUCACCGCCCCUGAUAACAGCAAUGAAAGUGAUGGGCGCAAUAGCAUAGGUGGCGCCGCAACGAACCCUGCGAUUGCGACUGGUGAGAUUGUGUCGUCCUCGGGUGCGUCGAUUAGAAGACGACGCAUCGAAGCGGCAGCCCCUUGUCAAAUCGCCUGUGGGAACCUGUGUGAGGGGCUGACAUGCUGCAAUACGACUACUAUGCGUACUAUCUAA